AUGAAAGAUGAGGAAAUAUCAAACGAUUUCGAACUAGUAUCACUACAGAAAGACAACUCAUUUUUUGAUUUUGAAGAAGCUGAAAACCAUGUGCGUAAAUUUGCUGAAUAUAAAGAUUUUGAAGAUGAGGAGAUAUCAAAUGAUUUCGAACCAGUAUUACUACAGAAAGGCAACUCAUUUUCUGAUUUUAAAGAAGCUGAAAACUAUGUGUGUAAAUUUGCUAAAUAUAAAGGUUUUGGUAUAUGUUUGGGACAUGUAAUAGCUAUUAAUAAUGCAGAAGGUGAAAGGAUUAUUUGCAAAUAUACAAUUAACUAUAAGCAUUCAGGCGUAUAUAAGCCAAAAAAUCUUGAAAAACUGGGCACCUCUAUUCAACAAAUAUGCGAAUGGUAUAUGAAUCUCUCUUGCCCCAAAAAUAGUUCCCGCAUUAUUGUAACAACUUUAAAAAAUGAACAUAAUCAUGAUAUAUCUCCUGAGGCUAUGCAAUUUAAAAAAAAGUAG